UUCUUCCACGCAAGCCCUAAGUUUGAUAUUCUUCUCAUGGCUCAUGGCUUAUGCUGCGCCUGGCGGGAAUGUCGCUCGUCGCUAGGGCAUUGGAGCUCGCCGAUGGGCCGGAGCGAUGCGAGGAAGGGAGCUAGGAGGGGAUUGCUGCUGGGAGCAUCGAUUUUCUUUACAGGGUUAUGCGCCGUGGAGAGGCGGACAGCGCUCGCCUGGUUUCCGGCCAAGAUCGAUGCCGCCAGGGCUCCACAGCACCCGUUUGAUGCUGCCGAUCAGAGGCUCAGGAAUGCCGCCAUGACAUUCGAGCAGGCGCUUCGAUCGAGCACUGUUGAAGAAGAGGAGAGGCUGUGGACGAAAGUGAUUGAUAGCUGUGAAGGCGUGGAUGCCGAAUGGGUUCCUGAUAUUUUAUCUCGGGCUUACGGCAAUAGAGGAAAUUCACGCAGCAGACAGGGAAAAAUCCAGGAAGCUCUCGCAGAUUAUGAUCGCUCCAUACUUCUGGCUCCAUACGCGGUGGAUCCUGUGUUGAACCGAGGAGUAGCGUUGGAAAGUCUGCGCAUGUUUGAGAAAGCCACGGCAGACUACAUAGCUGUUCUUCAGAGUCAACCAGAUGAUCCCGCUGCAUGGAAUAAUCUUGGAAAUGUUCAGGGAGCUCUUGGCCGCUGGAGCGAAGCUCUUAAGUGUUAUGGAAAGGCCACUAAGCUCUCCCCUCAAUAUGCGUUUGCUGCUGGAAACUAUGCGUUGGCUCUCUAUCAAACAGGCCGAGAAAAUGAAGCAAUCAGACAAUUUCGAUCUCUUUUGAGAAAGUAUCCGGAGUUUCCAGAUAUAAGAGCAGCACUAGCUGUUUCAUUGUACGCACAGGGCUCAAGAGCAGAAGCGGAAACCAACUGGUCGCGGCUUGAGGAUGGACGCUACAAGGAUCGAAGCUGGAUUCGAAAUACUCGCAGAUGGCCGCCCAAGCUUGCAGAUGCUUUGGAUGCCUUUCUAGAGAUACGGGUGCCAGUUUAAGCAGGAAUCAUGUUCUUGACGAAAACAAACUUAUAAAGAGCUGGAAAAGUUGGAAGAAUUAUCUAUGAAGUUAAGUAGGAUAAUACGUCGAAGCUAUGUCGGGAGCUCUAUCUGAUGAGGCUGUAGGCCAACUCUUCAACAAGGCUAUUGAAAAUACUUCCUUCAA